AUGUAUCACCAACAGCCCAGUGGAGGCGGAGAAGGAGGAGGAGGGAGGACGAUGCCCGACCCAGGUCUGAAUGCGUCCGCCGGAGCUGUGCAGCCCUUGGAGGACCGCCUGCGGAACAUGAUUUUGGCCAACAGCGACGGCAGCUCCUACGCUAGCCCCCCAUCGAGUGCAGAACCGGCGCCUGGCACGUCUCCGUCCAGCUUCGGCUACCCUACCCCUGCUUCUGAUGGUCCAGCGUCAGCCGGUGCGAUGGGCUCUGCCAUUGGGUCUGCACCCCCGCCGGCGUCACCCAAGUCGUCCCGGAAACGCCUCAACCAGGCCCAGCGGCGGCAGAUGUCGGCGCAGCUGUCCAUCCCUAUCAACCCGCGUCCGUCGCCGCCGAACUCGGCUGGCAACUACGCCAGUCCACCUCCAUACGGCCAUCAGCACCAGUUCCCGCACCAGCACAAUAACCAUCCUACACACAACCAAUAUCAACACCAACCGCAGCACCAGCCAUAUGGCCAUUACCAGGGCCACCACGGCCACCAGGGCCACCACGGCCAACACAACUACAGGCAAACAGCCCAGAGGCCGCAAUCAGCGACAAUGCGGCCGGCACAUUACGGCCAAGGCCCCAUGCCGCUGACCGGGCAGGGCAGCGGGCCGCCGUAUCCCAACCAGCCGCGUCACCAUCAGUCGCUGUCCUACCAGGGCCCGAUGAUGUACGACGACCCGUACAACUGGCGGUCGCACCAGGGCCACCAGCAGUCGCUCGGCUCUUUUGACGCCCAGUCCCCGCGCGGUGGUCGCCCGUACCACCAUCACAACAACCACAGCCAGUCGGGCCGCCUGUACCAGCCCAAGCUCGAAGACAUCCAGACGCAAGCGGCUGUGCUGGAGCAGCUCUGCGAGCAGAUAGUGACCAGCGCAGAGAUUGAACCCGAAGAGAUUCACGAGAAGGAGCAGUUCCGGGCAGCCAUUGAGCAGCUGUGUCAGAUGGCGCUGGCCAAGUACGAGUACGAGGUCAACGGUCGACAGGACUUCCCGCCGCCCAGUGUGCGGCUGCUCUGCUUCGGCAGUCUGGCGUCCGGGUUCGCAACCAAGGCCUCGGACAUGGACCUGGGUCUUAUCUCGCCCCUGUCUCUCCCGCCGCCCGACGCUCCCGAGUCUCCGAUCCCACGUCUGAUUGAGAAGGCGUUCCUCGAUGCCGGUCUCGGUGCGCGCCUUCUCUCCCGGACACGCGUCCCCAUCAUCAAGCUGUGCGAGAAGCCACCGAAGCAGCUCCGCAUCGACCUCCUGGACGAGCGGGCCAAGUGGGAGAGGGGCCUGCUUUCUGACCACGAUGGUCACGAUGGUCACGAUGGCCACGAUGGCGACGACGACGUUGCCGAUGAAACAGAGACGGCAUCUACGCCAGUACAAACUGUCGGAGAGGGAGCCCACAUCACUGGUGACGUCAACGGACACGAGACCAGCCACGGACGUGCUGCUAGCAAUGACAGCGGCAAAGAAAAAAGCAACGACAGCGCCAACGGCAACGAUGGCAGUCGUGGUCACAGCCACGGCCAUAGCCGCAGCCAGAGCCAAAGCCAGGGCGGCGACGACGCUAAGCUACUUGGCCACGGCAGGAAAGACUCUGUGCUUGAUGGCCCGGUGGACGGUGACCGGUACAAGCAGAUCCUCGCCCACCUCAAGCAGCCGGCGAACCAGACGCUGGGCAACUACUAUUCGAAUGCGAAGCGGAUCUUGCGGAAGCUCGACGGGCGCGACAUUACGCAUUCGACGGCCCGUGAGUUCCGGGAGAAGGACCUCAAGAUCUUGACAGACGUCUGCCAUGCGUUUGUGGAGGGUCUGGCCGACCCGAAGCUGCAAAGCCGGCUCUGGGCCACACGGUCGCUGGCGACGUCGCACACGCCCUCGCAGCUCAACUACCGGUCUCUGUACGGUGUCUACAUGCAAGCCGAAGGCGAGGCGCUGGCCAUGAUGUGGGACUCGCGCGAGAUCAACGAAAAGGACGCGCACCACGAAGAGGAGGCGCGGCAGAAGCUCAAGAUGUGGACGGACCUGCAGAACAAGGCCAAUUUUGCCGUGGACCUUCUCGGCUACAACAAGGAGAUGCAGCUGGCCGUGGACAGCCUGCGCAAGAUUCCAUCGCUGCAGCUUAUGACGCUGGAGCAGGGCCAGUUCGAGACGGCCACACAGUACCACGAGCGCACCGGCAAGCUGCUGUUCCAAUGCGGCGGACGGGAUGCGGCGGGGCCGAACAACACGAUCUUGCCCAUUGUCAUACGGCAGUACAUUGCGGGCAUCUGGAGCCACGAGAUCCGCGAGCAGGUGGAUGCGUUCUCGCAGACGCUGGACAAGCCGAGCCUGCGGGCGGUGGCCCGGCGCCACAAGAGCCUGCAGCUGGCACUCGAAUUCGAAAAGGCGGUCGCGAAGAACUGCUACGAUGACGAGGCGACGGCGGCAGGUGUGCUGAAGUACGUCGACAUCCUCCGGCGGCCGCUCGAGAAAUGCGAUCUGCCAGGGCGGCGGUUCGACUACGUGGUGGCACGCACGCCCGACACGGCGCCGGUGAUCUCGCUUGUGCGGCGGACGCUGGUGGACCCGUCGAAGCUGGCGCCCAACCAGCCGCGCGACCCGUACCGCGACCGCCUCGAGUUCCCCAAGACUGGGCUGGGCGUGCAGUGCGACAUCAACUUCUCGGCGCACCUGGCGCUGGAGAACACGCGGCUGCUGCGGUGCUACUCGCACACGGACGCGCGGGUGCGGCCGCUGGUGCUGUUUGUCAAGCACUGGGCCAAGAUGCGCGGCAUCAACACGGCGUACCGCGGCACGCUGAGCAGCUACGGCUACGUCCUGAUGAUGCUGCAUUAUCUGGUGAAUGUCGCGCAGCCGUUUGUGUGCCCGAACCUACAGCAGCUCGACCGGCCGGCACCGGCACCGGCCGAGGGCGAAGGGCCGGCUGGAACGGACGCGGUGCAUGGCGGACAUGGCGCAGGUGAUUUGCAGUCGCCGUACGCAGGCCGUGAUAUGCACUUCUGGGGCGACGAGGAGAAGAUCAAGCAGCUUGCGUCCGAGGGCCUGCUGACGCAGAACAAGGACUCCAUUGGGCACUUGCUGCGCGGGUUCUUUGAGUACUACGCGCAGAGCAAUUUUAUGAGCACGGUGCCAUCCAAGGGCUUCGACUGGGGCCGGGACGUGCUGAGCCUGCGGACGCCCGGCGGCUUGCGGUCAAAGCAGCAAAAGGGCUGGACGGGCGCGCGGACGGUGCUGGAGGUGCAGAACCAGGCGUCAUCACCAGCGGCGCCGCCAUCAGUGCAGACGCCGCCAGGACCGACGCCGGCGGCGCAGUCGACCGUGCAGCCGACUGUGCAGCCACCACUGGGAGGUGCGGCAGCGGCAGGAACUGGACCGCCGACGACGCUCGACGACGGCGCUGCCAACGCUCCGGCCAAGCCGGUCGAGCUCAAAGAAGUCAAGCACCGCUACCUGUUUGCCAUUGAAGAUCCGUUUGAGCUGGAGCACAACGUGGCGCGCACGGUGACGCACAGUGGGAUUGUGGCGAUCCGCGACGAGUUCCGGCGGGCGUGGCGGCUGAUCAAGACCAUGGGCAAGACGGGCACGGCGCCGGGUCUGCCAGACGAGGCGCUGCUGGACGACGUGACGGACAUCAAGGCCAAGGAGCGGGACGUGUUUGGGGAGCUGCUGAACGAGAUCCACGGGCCGGAGCUGGUGCUGUAA